AUGUCAUUUUCCGGUGAUCCUGUAACUGAGAUGCCAAUACCAUACCGAGACAUUUCCCGAAAUCACUUCUCCUAUCGAAGGCACAAGAAACAGAAGGACGAAGACAUUUCAAUCUGCGAAUGCAAGUUUGAUUUCGGAGACCCUGACAGUGCAUGUGGCGAGAGAUGCUUGAAUGUGAUAAAGAACACGGAGUGUACACCUGGAUUUUGCCCUUGUGAUGACAACUGCAAAAAUCAGAAAUAUCAAAAAUGUGACUACGCCAAGACAAAGCUGGUUAAGUGUGAAGGUCGUGGGUGGGGACUAGUGGCUUUGGAAGAGAUCAAGGAGGGACAGUUUAUAAUUGAGUACUGUGGAGAAGUAAUAUCAUGGAAAGAAGCAAAGCGUAGGGCUCAAACAUAUGAGACUCAUGGUGUUAAGGAUGCAUACAUAAUAUCUCUCAAUGCAUCUGAGGCUAUUGAUGCCACUAAGAAGGGAAGCCUUGCAUCUGUGUCUUCCUCUGUCGACUUUCCCUUCUCCAUAAGAUUCAUUUGGUCCUGA